AUGGCUUCCACGCAGGCGCCCGCUAUUUUCGAAGAUGCGCCCCGUUCUCCGACCAAGCCGUCCGUUCUUCGAGCGCUCCUCGGCCAUAGACGAAAUCAAUCUGCCGACGACGCUGCCCGCCCAAUGCCGUACAUGAGCGGUUCUCCCUACCCUUCCUCCCCUGUUGACCAGCAUUACCCUCCAAUGAACCAACAACCUCUCGGAGAGAUCGUCCCCAAUGAUGCGCCAGACUCCCUGUUCUACCCUGGCUCCCCGGAUAAAAGCGGCAAGGGCUUGCACAAGAAGACGAAGAGCGCCGUCUCCUUGAAGUCGCUCAAGAACUAUAUCGAGCGCAAGCCAGAAAAGACACCAGACGACGCGAGCGGCAAGCCGAAGAAGGCGAAAUCCACCAAUAGUUUCACGGCCAUAUUGAAACGGUCGCAGCAUGGACGGAAAAGCGACGAGGUGAAAGACGGCCGCGACAAGGAGAAUCGAAGCCCUACUGACGCUGUCGAUAACCUACAUUCGCCGAUUUGGGCCCAGUACGCGACACCUACGUCGUCAUUCCGCGAUGAGCCCUCCCCGGCGCAUAGCGACAGGCGGCGGACCCUGCAAGAGGAGGUCUCGCUCUACACGCCGAACCGCUACAGUCCGGCCCAGCAACGGAACUUCUAUGACUACCAUCAACCAUCCCUUACGAGCCGGACUAAUGCCAAUUCGAAGCCUCGCCCAAAGUCAGACUUCUUUGUCGGGGGCUCCAAGAUGAAGGACAUUUUCGGGGGUUUCUCUGCGAGCAAGCAGUCUCUUGUUGAUCAACCAGAUCCCUCUCCAAAGGUGGAGCGUGGACGGCCUAGGGGUCUCUCUUCUCCUGAUGCUCGCCCUGAGCAAGAGCCGAAACAGGCAAGUCCGAAGAAGGCUUCGCGCGUGCAGGAAGUUAUUUCGGCCUUCAAUGCGAAGGAGCGUGAAGCCGAGCUGCAGAAGCGGCUUAACUCGAAGGAUCUGGAGAGCGAGUUUGAGAAGCUACUUGAUGCGAGGAACAUUCCUCACAAUAUGAGAGACAAGAUGAGGUCUCUGGACACAAAUAUCAAAGCCGAUUUUAUCCAGAAAGACAAGCUCGAAAGUACGACACCUCAUAGUGCCGCCAGCACCUACGCAACUGAGAGUACAGGCCGUCGGGGCCGCGGAAAGGAGAAGAAAGAACAGAACGAUAGCUAUGAUGGAAAAGGCUCACGAUCACGGUCGAGAAGCCGCGGCUUUAACUUCAGCAGGGGCAACUCAUCGUCGCCUACGAAGAAGCGGCAAGAGAGUGGAAGCUCUCACCGACGACCAAAGUCCGUUGAUCUUAGUGCACCUGGGCUAUCCAAGAUCCUAACUCCCAACGCAUCUUCAACAUCACUCGCAGUCACGGCACAGCGUGAUACAGCCACUGAUCCGUCGGAUUUUGUGCACUACCUGAAGGAGAUCCAAAAGCCUGAGAUCAUUGAGGUCGGCAAAAUCCACAAACUUCGAAUUCUCCUCCGUAAUGAGACUAUCAGCUGGGUUGACAGCUUCAUUGCCGAAGGGGGCAUGGAUGAAAUAGUGCAACUGGUCUAUCGUAUCAUGAAGGUUGAGUGGAGGGAGGAGCACGAAGAUAAUCUUCUUCAUGAGACACUGCUGUGCCUCAAGGCUCUCUGCACCACGUCCGUUGCGCUGCAGCGGCUAACCGACAUUGAGGGCGAACUCUUCCCAGCUUUAUUGAGCAUGCUAUUUGAUAAGGAAAAGAAAGGCCCUAGCGAGUUCACCACCCGCGGCAUCAUCACCAAUCUCAUUUUCACACAGCUAUCAACAGCAAUAUCCGCCGAGGACGCAGCAGCCCGCACCACCCGAAUUCUCUCAUACCUACGAGAUCCCCCCGAGGAGAACCAACCCCUUUCAUUCAUCGCCAAUAUCUACCAAUCUCGGCCCUACCGAGUGUGGUGUAAAGAAAUAUCCAACGUCACCAAAGAGGUCUUUUGGAUCUUCCUACAUCACCUCAACGUUAUCCCCGUUGUGCAUUCUGACCAGACCUCCGGAACCUACCACGAGCGUCACUUUCCCACACCUCGUCCCCCUGUCCCUGCAGCACCUUACGUUGGAGGCGUAGAAUGGGAUGCAACCAACUACCUCGCUUCCCACAUCGACCUGGUCAACGGCCUUAUUGCAUCUCUACCAACAGCUGAAGAGCGCAACAAUCUCCGCAACGAGCUCCGUGCGUCCGGAUUUGAGAAAGUCAUGGGCGGUACGCUGAGGACAUGCAAGGAGAAAUUCUACUCCUCUGUCCAUGAUGUCCUGCGGACUUGGGUCUCUGCUGCUGUGGAGGAUGGCUGGCCACAUCUUGCUGUCAGGGAAGGCCCGCCGAGGGAGACUGUCUCGCCGACCAGGUCACCCGUUAAGAGCCCCGCUAAGAAGGGUGCGCUGAAUGAUCUGCCGCCGAAGCUCGAUCUCAAGAUUGACAUCCCUGUUGGCAGCGGUGGCGGAGGUCAGAAGCAGCAAGUGGAUCCGAUUGGGGAUUGGCUGUGA